UGAGUGAGACACAUUCAGAAGAAUCAGGAGAAUUUGAUGGGACACUCGAACAUCCUGAGAUGAAUUCAGCCAGUCAUCACGAGUCACCGUCAUCUACACUUCACAAACCAUUGUGAAGCUUCGGGAUUCACUUCGGCCUGAAUAAACAGAGUUUAUUCAUCAUAUGAGUUCAUAUAUGGGACACUUGGAUAGUCAGGUGCGUGCAGAAGAUCACAGAACAUGUAACAUUUGUAACAAAGGAGGACACUGACGUCACUUUAUGAUGGACUGUAAUAUUAUGAAUGAGGAAAUGUUACUAUAAGCGGUUCGGGUUGGAUCAGAACUCUGGAAUUAUUGUGGAUCUUGUAUUUGGGUCAAAAUGAGUUGUUUCUGUUCGGUUCAAGAGGAGUUUUACUGUGAGGUUCUGCUACUGGAUGAGUCCAAGUUGACUUUAACCACUCAACAGCAGGGCAUAAAGAAAUCAACAAGAGGUUCUGUAGUUCUGGACUGUGUGUUCAGUCACGUGAAUCUCGCAGAAACUGAAUUUUUCGGGCUUCGCUAUUGUGACCGCAGUCAUCAAACGUAUUGGCUAGAUCCCUCAAAAACGCUCGCUGAACAUAAAGAUUUGAUAACAACUGGACCUCCGUAUACACUCUAUUUUGGGGUGAAAUUUUACACCGAAGAUCCUUGUAAACUGAAAGAGGAAAUUACAAGGUAUCAGUUCUUUCUGCAGGUGAAGCAGGAUGUUCUUCAGGGUCGACUUCCAUGUCCAUUUAAUAUAAGUGCACAGCUGGCAGCUCUUGCCAUUCAAUCUGAGCUCGGAGAUUACGACCCGUACAAACAUACGCCAGGUUACGUGUCAGAAUAUCGCUUUGUACCCGAUCAGAAAGAAGAACUAGAGGACGCCAUCGAGCAGGUCCAUAAAACUGUCAUGGGUCAGGUGCCCGCAGAAGCUGAAAAUAAUUACUUGGGAAUCGCCAAGACACUGGAAAUGUACGGAGUCGACCUGCACCCUGUGUUUGGUGAACAGCAAUCUGAAUACUUUCUGGGACUGACGCCUGUUGGAGUUGUUGUUUACAAAAAUAAAACACAAGUCGGCAAAUAUUUCUGGCCAAGAAUUACAAAAGUAUAUUUCAAGGAGACGCAAUUUGAGCUGCGGGUUAUGGGCAGAGACUGUAAUGAAACUUCAUUCUUUUUUGAUGCUCCCAGUAAGACGGCGUGUAAGAAUCUCUGGAAAUGUUGUGUGGAGCAUCACACCUUCUUCAGAAUGCCAGAAAAUGAGUCUAAUUCAUUGACGAGGAAACUGUCUAAAUUCAGCUCUCUGGGCUCGAAGCAUCGCUACAGUGGAAAGACUGCGAUGCAGAUUGGACGAGAGUCUGUAUCUGUACCUCGAGCAGACCUGCAGGUGAUCAGAUCCCGCAGUAAGACCUACCCAAAGAGAAGCACACAGAACAUCACUGCAGGACGGAACAGUGGAGGCCAGACGAUCACAAAGAUGGAGAAUACGAGUGAAGGCCAGAGCAAAAUGACAGCACUGUCACCAGUGAAGAGUCCCAAGGCAAAGACAGACUGCACUUCAGAAGACCAACACAACAAACAUAGUGCACCCUGGGAAGAAGACGCACCACAGAGUGGGCUUUAUAACUCGGCCAGCGAGCGGAACAAAUCUCCCAAAUUCCCCAAAGCUCACAGACGCUCGCCCUCGGGGGGAAACGAGAAUGAGACAUCUCACUCCGCCAGACGCAGAAGAGGACACAGCACUGAAGACCAACAAACAAACAAACAGCACAGGAGAAGGUCACGUUCCCGUGGCAACACCAGCAGCGGAAGCGAAUCAGAGAAUUCCAAUAGAGAACAUCGUAAAAAGAGAAACCGGUCUCGUCAGGAGAACGAGAUGGUGGAUUCUGGUCCGCAGUGGGAAGUUGUUCUCCGCAGACAGAAAGAGAAAACGGCCAGCGAUCCAAACCAUCGGCGCUCACGACACCGCUCACGAUCACGCAGCCCUGAUGUUCAAGCUAAAGAACAACUUUGGAAGCACAUACAGAAGGAGCUGGUCGAUCCGUCUGGUUUUACUGAGGAACAACUAAAGGAGAUUCCAUACAAAAAAGUGGAGACACAAGGUGACCCGAUCAAGAUCCGGCAUUCACAUUCUCCCCGAAGCUUCCGACAGUAUCGACGCUCCCACUGUUCAGACGGAGAGAGAUCGGUGCUCUCCGAGGUCAACUCUCGGACUGAUCUGGUGCCCCCCCUCCCCGUCACCCGCACUGCAGAUGUGCCCGGUUCCAGCUCGACCCCUGUACAGAAGAAGAAAGGGUCCAAAGACAACCUCUCUGAGAGCUCCGAACACGACACAAAAACCAACGCCAAGGUGGUGAAGACUGUACACACAUCUCGCGUGAAAACAGACACGUGACCGUUUUUCACAACAGACGUGUGGAGAAGGAACAGCGGGAUUGCCAGUGGAAUGAAAAGUCCUAUUGGGACCUUUAUGGAAACACUCAAGUGAUCACCAAUCAAAAGUCAAGCUACUUUCAUCAUAGUACAGGCCAUAAAUCUGAAUGUUUCUGCACUGAAAGUGUAGUGCUGUGGUUCUCGACUGGUGGGUCUGUUCUGAUACGUUCACAUUGUUAAAUGAAAAUAAUAAAAUGCAUCAUAAAUAGGCUUUUAAACAGGUGGGGAAAAAAACUCUUGCCAUAUCUUUUGUUUUUUUGACAUCAAAGUUCCAGUCGAACUCUACAGUAUUUUGGCACAAGUUCGUCAAAUUAGACAGAUGUCAACAUGGACAGGUUGCGUGACGUGCCCUCAUCCUCACAAAACAUGAACAAAACACGAGGUAAAAGAAAAUACCACCCAGACGACAUUAAAUACAGGUUCAGUGACAAUAAACGUGGCUUGUGUCGACCACAGUGUGUUCUGUGCAUUGAAUUAGUGGCUUCCGAGAGCAGGAAACCAUCGGAAUUAGAAAAUUCAGCCCAUGUUAUAUUAUUGGAUGUCCACUGUAAAAUGUGGGUCCUGAAGCAAAACCAGUUGAACCACUGAUUUUGAUGGAGGUUUUGUGUAAUGCACAACUACGUUGCAAGCUUUUAGAUUAGAUUAAUUUCCGACUGACAAUCAAAUGAAGGAUGGUGGAUUGUUGGCAUAGCAUACACUUUCUAGUCUUACGGUGUUAUGUGUGAUAGUAUCGUAAACACAAGACUCUUUUUGAACAUUUUAAUACAGUAUUAACGUUUGUGAGUAUGUGGGAAUUAUAAACAGUGCUUUGUAUUAUUAUUAUUAUUAUUAUUAUUAUUAUUCAUUGUGUCCUCAUAUUUUAGAUUAAACUCUGCUGUAGGAAAUAUUGCUGCUGUAUUUCUAUAUUUGGUUUUGCACAAUAAUGUAGCCCUGUCAUUUCUGUAAAAAAAAAACAAAAGUAUCACUGUAGCAAAGUUGGAAACUCAGCGUCUUGAAUUACAACAUGUUUUUGUCAAUAAAUACAUCCA